GAUGUCAGCUCUCGACGAAAAUAGAGAGGGAUCGCCUGCAAAUCCCCAGCUGCGGCGGGGCUAAACCUCGCAAUCCCUCCCCGGCGGCGCCGAGCCAGGGCGCAGCAGCCCGCCACCGCGUCCCCCGGCGCGCACACACCCGCACACGCGCGCACGCACGCACACACUCCCCUGCACCCCCACCGCACUCCCUCCUCCCCGGCCUCCCCCGCCGCCCGCCUGCAGCCCGCGCUCGGCCCCUCGCCGCGCCUCGAGCCCCGCAGUACGCGCAGGUGGCGGCGGCGGCGGCCCGGCGGCCCGGGGGCGGCGCUGGCUGGCGGAAGCCACCCCCAGCCCCCCGAGCGCCCCGCCGAGCGCCCGCGAGGCGGGACGCGCGCGGAGAAGAGCCGAGCCACGGCUUAGCGCCGGCCCGAGCCUCCCGCGCGGGCUGAGGCGCUAAAGGGCUUACCCGGGAGGGGGGUGGGAGGCGGGGAGACGCUCCCCCUUAAAUAGCGCGCUCCGCCACUCGCGGGCGCUCCCGCCGCGCCCGCUCGCCCCGCGCCCGCCGCCGCCGGACCACGCCGAAGAGGAGGGGGCGUUCCCCAGACCAUGGCAUCCACCGAAGGUGCCAACAACAUGCCCAAGCAGGUGGAGGUACGAAUGCACGACAGCCAUCUCAGCUCAGAGGAACCGAAGCAGCGGCAUCUAGGCUUACGUCUGUGUGACAAGCUGGGGAAGAAUCUCCUGCUCACACUGACUGUGUUCGGUGUCAUCCUGGGGGCAGUGUGUGGAGGGCUUCUUCGCUUGGCAUCUCCUCUCCACCCUGAUGUGGUCAUGUUAAUAGCCUUCCCAGGGGAUAUACUCAUGAGGAUGCUAAAAAUGCUCAUCCUCCCUCUCAUCAUCUCCAGCUUAAUCACAGGGUUGUCGGGCCUGGAUGCUAAAGCCAGUGGGCGCUUAGGCACGAGAGCCAUGGUCUAUUACAUGUCUACAACCAUCAUUGCUGCAGUGCUGGGGGUCAUCCUGGUCUUGGCUAUCCACCCGGGGAACCCCAAACUCAAGAAGCAGCUGGGGCCCGGGAAGAAGAAUGAUGAAGUGUCCAGCCUGGAUGCCUUCCUGGACCUUAUUCGAAAUCUCUUUCCUGAAAACUUGGUCCAAGCCUGUUUUCAACAGAUUCAAACGGUGACCAAGAAAGUCCUGGUGGCACCUCCGUCAGACGAGGAGGGCAAUGCCACCAACGCUGUCAUCUCCUUGUUGAACGAGACUGUGAUGGAGGCGCCUGAGGAAGCGAAGGUGGUUAUCAAGAAGGGCCUGGAGUUCAAGGACGGCAUGAAUGUCUUAGGUCUGAUAGGGUUUUUCAUUGCUUUUGGCAUCGCCAUGGGGAAGAUGGGAGAGCAGGCCAAGCUGAUGGUGGAAUUCUUCAACAUUUUGAAUGAGAUUGUAAUGAAGUUAGUGAUCAUGAUCAUGUGGUACUCUCCCCUGGGUAUCGCCUGCCUCAUUUGUGGAAAGAUCAUUGCAAUCAAGGACUUAGAGGUGGUUGCUAGGCAGCUGGGGAUGUACAUGAUCACGGUGAUUGUGGGCCUCAUCAUCCAUGGGGGCAUCUUUCUCCCCUUGAUUUACUUUGUAGUCACCAGGAAAAACCCUUUCUCCUUUUUUGCUGGCAUUUUCCAAGCUUGGAUCACUGCCCUGGGUACUGCUUCCAGUGCCGGAACUUUGCCUGUUACCUUCCGUUGCCUGGAAGAAAAUCUGGGAAUUGAUAAGCGCGUGACCAGAUUUGUCCUCCCGGUUGGAGCAACCAUCAACAUGGACGGUACAGCCCUUUAUGAAGCGGUGGCCGCCAUCUUUAUUGCCCAGAUGAACGGUGUUAUCCUGGAUGGAGGCCAGAUUGUGACUGUGAGCCUCACGGCCACGCUGGCGAGCGUGGGUGCAGCCAGUAUCCCCAGUGCGGGCCUCGUCACCAUGCUCCUCAUCCUGACGGCUGUGGGCCUGCCGACGGAGGACAUCAGCCUGCUGGUGGCCGUGGACUGGCUGCUGGACAGGAUGAGAACUUCAGUCAAUGUUGUGGGGGACUCUUUUGGGGCUGGGAUUGUCUAUCACCUCUCCAAGUCUGAGCUGGAUACCAUUGACUCCCAGCAUCGAGUGCAUGAAGAUAUUGAAAUGACCAAGACUCAGUCCGUUUAUGAUGACGUGAAGAACCAUAGGGAAAGCAACUCUAAUCAAUGUGUCUAUGCCGCACACAACUCUGUCAUAGUAGAUGAGUGCAAGGUGACUCUGGCAGCCAACGGAAAGUCCGCCGACUGCGGAGUCGAGGAAGAACCGUGGAAACGUGAAAAAUAAGGAUAUGACUCUCAGCAAAUUUUUGAACAAACUCCCCAGCGUAUCUUAUGGUAAAAAGAGAAUAUAAACAAGCUGUCUUUAAAAAGGAAAAAAAAAAUGCACCUAUUUCUUUGUUUACUUAAUCUGCUAGCCAAGGCUUCGAGGAUCUCUUGUGAGUCAGUGAUAGGCGCGGUGCUAUGUCUUUGCCAAGUGAUGCUUUGUAACUGCCUCAUUUUCUCACCUGUAUUAUUGUCUGAACGGAGAUUGCUGGAGGAAUCAGUUUGAAUUGAAGACACAUUCUUGCCAGCUUCCCUUUGCUCUCUAAAUGCAGAGCCUCGGAAGCUCUUUUCCCAGGGGACAUGACUAAAGUGAUGUGGUACACUCCGGGGACUUGGGAUAAAGAGCAGACACCCAGUGUGUGAUUCCUUCAAGUGUUCUCCGUGCUUCUGCUUUGUUAUGCACAAGAGAUUCUGUUAGAAGCCUCUAGACGUAAUUCUCUUGAAAUGUCUUGUAGAGUUUGCCCAUGUGUUGAUUAAAAGCAAAUCCCUGUCUUCAGGAACUCUCAGAAUCUAUCUUCUGUGGACCCUUUCAACUAAAUAUUUCAAAGAGAAUGGUAGUGGGAACCGUGUUCUUCAAGGCAGCUGAUUAUGGAACCCACUGAGUUUCUGCUCUGCCCUAUCCGGUCUGGGGAAAUAAUCAUUGAAAUUUCAAAGUAGGUUUCAUAAUUUGCUCUCAAUUUGAUAAUGGAUUAGGAUGUAAUUUGUAUAUGUCCGCUGUACAUAUUGACGAAAGUAAGAGAACACAGCCAACGUAAACUUUAACCAGAUUCAAAUAUUCAAAUGCGUUUGUGUUUGGUUUGCAGUCACCUGGCAGAGUGAAAUCAAGUGAGAUGAUUUGAUUGAUGCUUUACUUUCCUUGUUUCAGUCGUAAAAUUCUUCUUUGGAUUUCUAACAAAAAAAAAGGAAAUUUUUUUUAAUCAGCAAAUUAUUUUAGUUACAGUCUCAUUAACCUAGAAGGCUGAAUCAUUCGACUCUCCUCACACGUGGAGGACGGUUACGUUGGCUGUGGCUCUUAAUACCAUCUCUCAAUAAAAAACAAAACAUCGUCAUUGAUCUAACACGUAGAAAGCUUUCUGUUGUAUUCUCUCAAAGCACAUAAAACUAGUUACAGGGCACAGUUGAAAGCAGAGCCAAUCUGCUUCCCAGUCUUCUCUGUAGUAAGGAACAGAAAACAAACAUGUGCAAAAUCCUAUAAAGGUGACAUUCCCAUGGCAAAGUCAAGGCAGCCUUGAGCCAUGAAAUGGGAGCAAAUGAUGGCUCCUCACAAUUUCACAGAUGGCGUCUUCAAGGCUGUCACGGUUUGAGGGAGUAAAUAAUAUAAGUGGAUUAGCACCGUGCCUUGUAUGCCAUUGGCACCCAAUGAAUCCUGAUGAUGGAUCGUGCAAACUAAACUUGUCAGUUUCUCUACUAUCAUUUUCUGUUGAAUAACUCACAGUAUUUUCCUAAGGUUGCAGGCUUUGGGAGUUUGCUGGUAACUUGAACAUGAAUCACUGAGAAAUAAGUACAUUUGACU